GGAGCAGCAGCCAGCAGCAGCAGCAGCGGCAGCCAGGCAUCGUGGUGGAACGAGGAACCGAAACGAACGUGGAGAGCAACGGAGAUGGAGCUAUUCGAGACAGCAGCUAUGGAGGGAGAGAGGGCAUCGCGAUGGAGGGAGACGGCGCGGAGAUAAAAUUAGAAAGAGAGGUCAGAAAAAUGGCGUGACGGAGAAAAGGGGAGAGUGAAAAUCGAAGAAGAACGAAACGAACGGCGAGAUAGCUCGCGAGCAGAGGGAGGCAGGAAGAAACGUAGAAACGGAGCAGCGACAGAGAGGAGACGAGAACGGAGAGGCCAGAGGCAACGAAGCACCGAGAGAUCGAAGGAAGACGGAGAAAGAGGGCGAUAGAAAGGAGCGAGAGGGAGACAGAGGUCGGGCGAGCGAAAGAGAAAGAGAUAGCGGUGCGGCUGCAGAGAGAGAAGGAGGGAAUAGUAGGGGGUUCGGUCGGCCGGCAGGCUUGGCUGGUGCGUCAGUCAGGCUCGAGACACCCGCGAGAACGGAGCGGUGGUUGCCUCCCUUAUUCGGUACGUACGUUCGAUGCGCCCCCUCCAUCACCCCCCGGCCAUCUAACAGGAGUCUCGUCUAUCGAGGCAGUGUCGCGCAGAGUGUCGUACGAGUCGUAUUGCUCCGCCUGUUCGCUUCCCUUUCGAAUAAUACGACGUCGGUGUUCCACCGUCUAUUCGCAACCCUCGUGUUUCGGAUUUGUGCCGCGUUCGGAGCAGCCGAUCCUUGCUGGAGCUAUCCGGACCGGUGGACGAUCGAAACGACGACGUAAAGGGUAAGGAGGAGGAGGAGGCGGCGGUGGAAAGAGCCGGAGGUAGAGAAGAAGCUUCCGUAGGAGUUUCCUCGUCGAUUACUACUUCGGGCGAAUCCCCCAAGGAAGAACGAAGACAGUGGCUGAUACGCUACGCUAGCGAUCCAGUGCCCAGGGUGUGACUGACCGUCGAACCAGGCGCGCCAUAAUGGCGGAGGUGGCGACCAAGAAGUCGAUCAAUGUAUUGGAUAACAUAACCUCGAGUAACAAGCAACUAAUCUCGUUGUGCGACAACAACGACGACGAGGACGACCUAAUCCUGACUAACAACACGCGUAACGAGCUGGACACCGACGACAAGAGUCUUCAGGAGUUAAUCGAGAGCGAGCUAGCGCUAAGAAUCUGCUCCAGCACCGAAGAGGAGACCGGUAUAGAGAUGGACGAGCAGCAAGAAACGACGAACGAACCGGAAACCGUUAAGAGGAUCGUCCUGGACAGGCAACAGGACGCCCUGGACGUGAACACGGAGUUCAUCGCGGCGGAAACCGAGCAUUCCGCGCUGGUCGAGAAACCGUACAGUUAUCAGAACGGUCACAUGUCACCCGAGACGAAAAUCUCGGAUUCGUCGUACGAGGCGAACGUGAAGCCGGAAUCGAUCGACACCGGGUUCCGGGACGAGCCGGAGGCACAGGCGUUCGACGAGCAGCCGGAAGUUGGCAGCGCGAUAGCGAUCGAAGAAACAACGACGCGCGAGAUCGAUCAGCUGGCACGUGCUCCGUCGGACGAUGAGAAAAUAUUUCCAAAAGACCAGGACAACGAAGAACCGUGUCCAGAUCCCGUCCUUCGGAUCUCCGAGGCCGCGGAGAGGUUACCGGAAGUGCAGACUACGGCCCAGGAACCGUUCGAGUCGCCCUUCGAACCAGACGAGGUUCAGCUAACCGCUACGUCCGCGACCUACGUCGACGAGUACCAACGAGAGAAAGAGGUUCAGGUCACGAUCUUGGAAGCUUCCACGGAAUCCACGGACACCGAGGAGAAGGUAAACGUCGGACCAACGGAGGAAAGCAAUUCGCAGAGCAAGGACAUCAUAGACACGUGGACGGAGCAGACGACCUACGCCGAGGACCAACAGGCUGGCCAGUUUUCGGAUAACUUCGAUCAAUCGUAUCAAGAGGACGCGGAGGUCUUGGAAGAAUUCGCCAAAGAGACGGUAUCGGAGGACAGGAAAACGAAGGACCCCUUUGAGCUCGCGAUAGACACGGAAUGCGACAAGGAAGAGGAAGCGGAGGUCAAAGAUUUCCUCGCGGACGAGGAGUGGAUGAAGAUAUCGAUGAACGAUAAAUCUUGCAGCUUGGUAGAGGAGAAAAUCCCCGAAGAUCUCGAGGAGCCGUCCGUUGCAGGGAAGCUCUUGGAGGAGGAACCAGAAGAGGAGAUCCGCGACACGCCGACCAUGCAGUCCAGAAGCUUCGACGAGGGAACCCUGAGCCAUUCGGAAAGCUCGAUCGAGGCAGCCAGUACUCAAGAGUUUCUGGAUAUGGAACGACGGGUGCUGAGCGAGGAAAAUUACGAACAGUAUCCACCACGAGACGAUAUUCAGGCUCGCGAAACCCUGACGACUGCGGAGAAGGCUGAUCCCCGGAUAAGAAAUUUGCUGGACGAGGACGAGGAAGCGCAGGGCAAGGAGGAGGAAGCUAAAGAGGAAGCGAACGAUAACGUGGACGAGCAAAACGCGAUAACGGAAUCGUCCAGUGAACUGUCCGUGUCCGAGCCCACGUUCAUCGAGAAGACCGAGGUAGUCAUAUCCGAGACCAGCGUGAAGAUAGUCUCCGAGACCCAGUGUCUCGAGAUUGACAACGACGUGGAACCGGUCGACGAGGAUCUCCAGCUUCGCAACCACGAGCUCGAGUCGCCGGCUCGCGCACCCCUUGCCACCCCCGACGACGAGACCAGCGACGUUUCUAACGCGGGUGACAGUGAAAGCCGGGAGGAGACGAUAACAACGACGAGCGUGGUGAGCUCGGCGGGCACGAAGGGUGGGACCAAGACGAAGAAGAAGAAGAUCGAGGGCGUCGCCGGUAACGAUGCCUCGCCGAACCUCACUCCCCGUACAAAGAAGACCAAGAAGAGCAAGAAGAGCGAGCUCGAGAAGGAGAACAUCUCCGUGAACUCUAACUUGCAAGAGCCGAGCAUGCACCCUGGUCCGCGGCAGAUGAACCCGGAAAGCCUCGAUUUCUCGGACGAGAACGAUCUAUCGAACGUGAACGUGAAAUCUCUGACACAGAAUUAUGUAUCGGAGGCGACUCGAAACGAGCAGGAUCGAUGCACGAAGGAAAAGAUCGCGACCGGCGUGUCGAUCAAACAGUUGUGUCGUAGCUUUGGCGACAUCUCGAACAUGAGCGACGGCGAUCAGACGACGUACGGGAAAGCGAAUCACACGAUGGACACCGAAGAGAAAGCAAGGUCGCUGGGUGAUCUGCGAGUAUGCGAGAAGGGUUACUCGAAGUUCGCCAAAGACGCGCUCGUCUUCACCGGGGUGUCGGUCAAGGCCCUCAGGGCUUCCUACUGUAGUUUGGCAAACUUAACGAGCGAGGGUAAGGACACGGAUCGGCCGAGGCUCGAGAAGUCGAGCUUCAAUAAAUUCGACGCCCUCAGCAAGAAGACGGUGCUGCAUGUGCGCUCGAUCGAUGCGGGCAAAGUGCAACAGCAGCUGAACGCCGUGGGUCAAAAUGGCGACACGAAUCCGAACUGCCGCAGCUGCGGCAAGGUCGUCUUCCAAAUGGAACAGACAAAGGCCGAGGGUCUGGUCUGGCACAAGAAUUGCUUCCGGUGCGUCCAGUGUAGCAAGCAGCUUAACGUGGACAAUUACGAGAGCCACGAGAGCACGCUUUACUGUAAGCCACACUUCAAGGAACUCUUCCAACCGAAACCGGUUGAAGAGUCCGACCAGCCUGUGCGACCUCGAAAGCCGGAGCUGAUCAUACGGGAGAACGAGCCGAAAGAGCUGCCGCCCGAUGUGGUCAGAGCCUCAGACAAACCGGACCUGGGUCUCGAGGAGCUGUCGAGCCUGAACGUGAAGUCCCGGUUCCAAGUGUUCGAGAAGGCCGGCGCGGAGACCAACGAGAUCGAAAGGUCGCCGUCGCAGAUCGCCGUGAAGAGGUCUCCCAGUAUCCUCAGCAAGCUCGCCAAAUUCCAGGCCAAAGGCAUGGACAUCGGAGUGGCGGAUGAGUCUCUGAAUGGGAUCCCUUACGAAGAGUCGAGCGAGAGCGAGGAAGAGGAAGAGACGGAGGAAACGGAGGAGGUGGACAGCGAGAUCGUGAAGGCGAAACGCGCGACCCGCGAGCGACCCAUCAGCUUCACGAAGAUGGACGACAUAAAGAAUCGUUGGGAGACGACCAGCCAGCAGGGAAGACGGGAGGUGCAACGGGAGGCGAGGAAAGAGGAGAUCGCUGGAAUUCGCUCGAGAUUGUUCAUGGGCAAACAGGGUAAAAUGAAGGAGAUGUAUCAGCAAGCGGUAGCCGGAAGCGAGCGCGUGACGAAGAUCAAUGCGGCGGAGGAGAUCCAACACUCGACCCACGCUCGUUCCAUCAAAGAACGAUUCGAACGGGGCGAGCCCAUCGCUGCGUCCGACGACGAGACGGACAGCAAACCGAAACCGGAGAAGGCUGACGAGGAAGUGAUCGCAGCAGGUGCAUUUUGCCCCGCGAACCAACGUAUAUUUAGAACCCGUUAAAUGUAAUUAGCCACAUGGAUCGGCGGUCGAAAACUGCCAGCGGCGACUGACCGCUGAAUUUGCUACCAUGUGCGCUAGAAAGAUCGUACUAGAGUGGCAUUCAUGGGACGGCAAGUCUCAGACGACGUGGUGCGCAGCUCGGACACCACCGAGGAGGUUCAGGUCGAGACCUCGGACAUUUCGAACAAAUUCAAAUUUUUCGAGUCCUACAAGGAACCGGAAAAGCAACGGAAGCAGUUCCGAAUUACCCCUCCGCGCGAUGGCCAAUUGAAGAUGGACUCCCCGGAACGCGAGAUCUACCGUGAUCCAGACGUAGUGAGGGCCGACGACAGGGUCAACGAAGUGGUGCACACGGACACCGCGAGGAAGAUGCUGUCGAUCUUCCGGCAAAUGGAAGAGAACGCCUGCAAGAAGGAGCUACCAAACGGACCGAAACCAUUGAAAUGCUUCACACCACCGCCAGAGGACAAGUUCGCGAAAGCAACGGCCUCGGACUCCGAGGAAGACGAGGAGGAGGACGGCGAGGAGUCCGAAGGCGAAGACAGCGCCGAGGAAAGGGACCCCAAUUACGUACGAGCUUCCGAUAAGGUCGAGGACGAGUUCCUGAAGCAAGCGCAGAAGGCGGCCCGCGCAAAAACCUUGUGCGCGAAAUUCGAACACUGGGAAGAGACGGACGGCAAGACGCCACCGAGCAAUCAGCAUAUCGCGGAGAUGGAAAUCGCUCAAAGCACCGGCGAACAGCUGAGCAUAGAAUCUGCGAGCAGUCUGAGAGCCCGUUUCGAGUCCCUCGGCUCGCAAACGACCGAAUCGCCGCGCACACCGAAGGUCAAAGUCAAUCGAUUCGUGGAGAUUCAAGCGAGCUGUACGGACGUGUGCGAGAGCUGCGAAAAGAAAGUGUACCCCCUAGAAAAGGUGGAGACAAAUAACAAAAUAUUUCACAAACAGUGCUUCCGGUGUCUGCAGUGCAAUUGCGUGCUAAGGAUGGACACGUUCACCUUAAAUAAUGGUAAACUCUACUGCAUCCCGCACUUCAAACAGCUGUUCAUCACGCGAGGAAACUACGACGAAGGUUUCGGCGUGGAUCCGCACAAGAACAAGUGGACGACCAGCUCGAGCAAUCCGACGAGUCCGUCGCCGAUCGCGGUGUCGAACGGCGAUCUCUGAUUUCUCGCGGAUUUCGCCUGUUGUAAUUAGAAGACGAAGAAAAGGAAGGAAGCAAAAGCCUCAGCCGGCUGUAAAACUGUUGACGAGCGAACGAAGCCAGAUCCGAAUUGGUCGGGCAGCAGAGAAAAGAUCCAUGGAUACUCUAAUUUUCCAAAGACGACUGCCGGAUCGCUUGCGAAUCGAUCGAUAGAUCGCAAAUCGUUUCAGCCUCCUCUCGACUCCCGUGACUGAUCGCGCGCUGAUCGAGUUAUUAAUCGACAAGACUCGCGACGAGGAUUUAAACGUCCCUCGUCCUCCCUAUUCCUUGCUAUCAUUUUAAGUAUUUUAUUUUUUAGACCUCUAGAUCCCUAUUUGCCAAUGCCCUAUUAUAAAU